UUAAAAAUAAAUAUAUAAGAAAAAAAGAAAGAAAAUCUUACAGAGUAACCUGUAUCUGAUUUUAUCAAUCACAGACUCAAAGGUGCAGUUAUUAUAAUCUAUAUAUUUUGCAAAAGCUGCUCCAUUUGUAUGCCCAGAUCCGAUUCGGGUCCUUAUCACUAAGAUCCAACAAAUUCACAACUACAAGGACCUGAUUUUUCCUCCGAUUUACGAACCCAGAAAAUUAGAUUGAAAAGAUAUCGGUUGUCAAAAUCCGAACGGCAUCAGGAAACAUGUCUCAAUACCAUGGUGAUGAAAUGGACUAUGCGGCAGAUGAUAAUGAAAUGGCAGAGGUAGAAGAUGAUAUGUAUUUUCGCGGCAGAGCAUUUGGUGAAUCAGAUUCAGAUGACGAUGACGACUACGAAUAUGACCCUUUGGAGGACCGAAUAACAGAUACCACUGCUGCAGAAGCUAGGAGGGGGAAGGAUAUCCAAGGUAUACCUUGGGAUAGGUUGACCAUUAGUCGUGAGAAAUAUAGACAAACCAGACUAGAGCAAUACAAGAAUUAUGAAAAUAUACCACAAUCUGGGGAAAUGUCAGAGAAGGAAUGCAAAGCAACAGAUAAAGGGGGAAAUUAUUAUGAUUUCUGGCAAAACACUAGAUCUGUGAAGUCAACAAUACUUCAUUUCCAAUUGAGGAAUUUGGUUUGGUCAACAUCAAAACAUGACGUAUAUCUUGUUUCAAAUUACUCAAUUGUUCACUGGUCUUCAUUAAGUUCUAAGAGGUCUGAAGUCUUGAAUGUAUCAGGGCAUGUGGCUCCCUGUGAGAAACAUCCUGGAAGCCUCUUGGAAGGCUUUACUCAGACACAAAUUAGUACACUGGCAGUACGGAAUAAUUUGUUGAUUGCUGGAGGAUUUCAAGGAGAACUUAUUUGCAAGUACUUAGACCGGCCUGGAGUUAGUUUUUGUACUCGAACUACAUAUGAGGACAAUGCAAUCACAAAUGCUGUGGAGAUUUAUGACCAUCCGAGCGGAGCUGUUCAUUUCAUGGCUUCAAACAAUGACUCUGGAGUUAGAGACUUUGAUAUGGAGAGGUUUCAGCUUUCAAAGCAUUUCUCCUUUCCUUGGCCAGUAAACCAUACUUCAUUAAGCCCUGAUGGGAAACUACUUGCAAUUGUUGGAGACAACCCAGAAGCACUACUGGUGGAUUCUCAAACAGGAAAGACUAUCACACCUUUGCAUGGACACUUGGAUUUCUCAUUUGCAUCUGCAUGGCAUCCUAAUGGGCAAAUAUUUGCUACCGGGAACCAAGACAAAACAUGUCGUGUUUGGGAUGUUCGGAACUUGUCAAAAUCUGUUGCUGUUCUAAAGGGCAACCUUGGAGCUAUUCGUUCCAUACGUUUCACAUCUGAUGGGCAGUUCAUGGCGAUGGCAGAGCCGGCGGACUUCGUGCACGUUUACGAUGCAAAGCAUGGGUUUGAAAAGGAGCAGGAGAUUGAUUUUUUUGGGGAGAUCUCUGGUGUAUCCUUUAGCCCUGACACAGAAUCACUUUUCAUCGGUGUUUGGGACCGCACCUAUGGAAGCCUUCUACAGCUGAAUCGACGCAGAAAUUACAUGUAUCUGGACUGCUUGUAAAUUUGUAACCUUACACCUUGUAAGUACCUACAGUCUCUAUGUUGUGUUGUGUAGUGUUUAGGAAUUUGAGUUUGGUGGUACCAUCUUAGGCAAAGAAGAAAAACUGGUGGAUUGCCUCAUCAUACAUUGUAGAAGAGCAUGGAUUGAGGAUGUUACAGUUGUUUGAUGUACACCUUCAUGCUAAAUAACAUUGACUUGGAAUGUCUGUUUUUCAAUCUUGGGAUGGUAAUAAAUUGGAGGAAGUUUGUACAGAGGA